AUGGGAGGAGUCAGGAAGAACUGCAGAGUGGCUCUUGCUAAGCUAACACCUCACUCACCUGACCGGAGCAGACAGGUGGGCGGGAUGGACCGGCGCCAAGAAGGGAGGAGGAAACACACUGCUGAACAAACACAGACCAACGGACGCACAGACGGACGCACGGAGGAGGAGGUGGGGGGAUGGAGGGAUGGGGAGGGGGCUACCGAGCAGAUCAGCAAGCGUCAGUCGCAGAUCGACCGUCUGUACGUGUCUCUGAAGGACCUGGUGGAGGAGAGGAAGAGCCGCCUGGAGCAGCAGUACUGGCUCUACCAGCUCAACAGGGAGGUGGACGAGCUGGAGCAGUGGAUCGCUCAGAGGGAGGUGGUGGCCAGCUCCCCUGAACUUGGUCAAGACUACGAGCAUGUCACGGUCCUGCAGGAGAAGUUCACAGACUUUGCGUCAGAGACGGGCAGCGUGGGACAGGAGCGAGUGACCGCCGUCAACCAGAUGGUGGACGAGCUGAUCGACUACGGCCACGCGGAGGCCGCCACCAUCGCUGAGUGGAAAGACGGGGUGAACGAGGCCUGGGCCGAUCUGCUGGAGCUGAUGGAGACCCGGGCGCAGAUGCUCGCCGCCUCACACCAGCUGCACAAGUUCUUCUCUGACUGCAGAGAGGUUUUGGCCCAGAUCGAGGACAAACAUCGGAGGCUUCCUGAAGUUCGGGCUCGGCAGGGCAGCGCUGCCAACACCAGCACGCUGCAGAGACUGCUGCACAGCUUUGAGCAGGACAUACAGCUGCUCGUCACACAGGUGCGUCAGCUGCAGGAGAGCGCGGCUCAGCUGAGGACGGUGUAUGCCGGGGAGAAGGCCGAAGCUAUCGCCUUCCGUGAGCACGAAGUGAUGCAGUGCUGGAAGGAGCUGCUUACGUCCUGCGAGGAGUGCCGAGUACAGAUUACCACCGAGACCGACAAGCUGAGGUUCUUCAGCAUGGUCCGAGAUCAGAUCACUUGGAUGGAAUCCAUCAUCUGUCAGAUAGGGACAGGAGAAAAGCCUAAGGACGUGUCCUCAGUGGAGGUGCUGAUGAACUAUCACCAGAGUCUGAAGAGUGAGGUGGAGGCUCGCAGCCGCAGCACUCUGGAGUGUAUCGAGAUGGGGAAAACUCUGCUGGCUGCUAGAAACCCGGCAGCUGAGGAGAUCAAGGAGAAGCUAGACAAGGUAAUCACCAAGCAAUACGAGCUGUCUGAGAAGUGGGACAACCACUGGGAUGCCCUACAGCAAUUGUUGGAGGUUCACCAGUUUGCGCAGGAGGCUGUGGUGGCGGAGGCGUGGCUGACCGCUCAGGAGCCGCUCAUCAGCAGCAACGAGCUGGGGGCGAGCGUAGACGAGGUGGAGCAGCUGAUUCGUCGGCAUGAAGCCUUUCGCAAAGCUGCUGCCACCUGGGAGGAGCGAUUCAGCUCACUGCGACGAAUCACCACGGUGGAAAAGUUGAGAGCAGAGCAGAGUCAGCUACCCCCGACCCCUCUGCUGGGUCGUAAAGUCUUCCUGGACCCCCAAGAUGCCUCAGCAAAUGUAUCCACCCUCCCCCGCCUCCCGCUCUCCCCCAUCAUGAGACAGACCAUCUAUGAGCAGAACGAAGCCAAUUCUCCUCCCUCACCCUCACCCGCCACACCUACACCCUCCCCCUCAUCUGUGGCCCGUCGGCUGGGGUCCACCGUGGCUAAUUACACCCCCGUGAUGAACGGCUCCGGCUACCGCCAAAGCCUGGAGGCGCGGCAGGGCAGCGUGGUGGGUUUUGCUGCAGGACUAGGCCAGCCCACCCCUUUCUCCAUCGCCUCGGUUGCCACGGCAGCCAUGCUUGUCUCAGCCAAUCAGGUGAGAGAGAGCCCCAGCCCGGCGAGAGAGCAAGCAACAAAGGGGAUGAGUUACCUCCAGCCAUCACAGGCGGCAAGAUCUCCAGAGGUGAAGUCGUCCGCGUAUCUACGGCAACCCAAAAUCAAACACCUGGAUGACGCAGUGACGCCGCUGCUCGUGGCCAGCCGGCUGGAGAGGGCGAGGGAGCGGGAAAGGGGGAGGGAGAGGGAGAUAAUGAUGGGAGAGAUAGGGACGGAGAAAGCGGAGGUGGCUGUGAUGGCCGAGGUGGUGCUUACGGAGCCGGGCCGGGAGCGCCUGCACAGCGAGCCCACCAGAGGGCCCCGGGGGUCCAGAACUGACCCGCUGGGCCACGCUGAGCCUCAGGUCCACACACACGGUCAGCACAGGAUAGAGCGGCAGCUGUCCAGCGAGCAGCUGAUCCAGGCCCGCAGGGACGAGCUGCCUCAGGAGUUGUGGAGGGAACAGGCCGAGAGGCGGGACAGGAAGACGCUUGAGAGGCAAACGUCCAGUGAGCAGGAGGGCCCCGUGGCCCCCGGGGGCCACGAAGGCCGGCGGAGAGAGAGGGACCGACACCGGCUGGACAGACAAGAAUCCAGCGAGCAUGACACCGGCAGAGAGCAAUCUGACCGACGCUCAGGAGGAGGAGAAAAGAGAUCCACCAUGGCAGAGAUUGUAGAGCAGCUGCAGGAGAGAGAAGCAGCACAGGCCCGUGGAGAGGUGGCCCGCCUGCCUAAUGGUGUCCCAGAGAAAAUAACCAAACAGUCACUGGAGCGACCUCGAGCUCGGGACAGACCCAAACCACGGCGCCGACCACGACCCAAAGAGGCGGGAGAGACCACCCGGAGGUCCCGGUCCGCUCCGGCCCAGAGCAGCCCGAGCGUCCCCCUGCAGCCCACGCACACUGCACAUCACGAGGGCUUCCUGUUCCGCAAGCUGGACAUCGAGACCCUGAAGAAGAGUACCAAUAGGUGGGUGUUCAGGGUCAUGUAG